AUGCGCGCCCAGAUAACACUCGGCCCCCGCGCGCCAACCGCGCACAGGCUCGAGGCCGACGUCAUCAGCGGCCGCAUGUGGUGCCCCGCCUGCGCCGCCGCCGCGCCGCCGCUGCCGGACCGCAUCCCAGAGUCUUUCGAUGACCUGGAGCAGUAUGUGUCAAUGUUUGAGCCGCUGCUGCACGAGGAGGCGCGCGAGGGGGCACGCAGGGACUGGCAGGAGGGCGUCAACGCCGGGAAGGGCUGCGCCGUGGCGGUGGGCAGCUUCCAAGACGUCGGCCGCGGCUGGUACUCUGUCCGCCUCCUAAUGGCCGACCCCGGCGCCGCGUUUGCGGCGCGAGAGGGCCACGUGGUCGUGCUGUCGCUGCAGCAGCAGCAGCAGCAGCAGCAGCAGACGCAUCAGGGGCGCGGGCGAGGGCGCGGGGCCGGGCGCGGGCGCGGCGGCCGGGGGCAGCAGCUGCACCCCGACUGGGCCGGGGCCGAGGGCGCAGGGCCGCCGGCCAAGCGAACGCGGCUGCUGGAUUACGACGGCGCCCACUCGCCGGACGACCCGGCCAGCCCCUGCUGCGCGAUCCUUCCGGCCCUGCGCGCCGCCGCGGCCGCGUCCGGCGCCGCAUCCGCCCCCACCUGGUGGCUCGCGCCCGCCGGCGCCCUCGUGACCUCGACCCGCGAGACCGAGACGCUCGCGCGGCUGCGCAACCUGCGGCUGCUGCGGCCGAUCCUUAAGCCGGGCGAGGUGCUGGCGGUGGCGCCGGAGCAGGUGGCGCGCGCGUGGCCCGCUGAGCUGUCAGACCAGGUGGCGCACGCCGGGUUCAACUCGUACCUGCGCAGCAGGUACGACCAGCCGCAGCUCACGGCGAUAGAGCUGGCCGCCACACAUGUCGCGCUGCCAGCUGCCGCGUACGCGGCCGCCACCGAGGUGGCCGACCCGUCCGGUCAGCGCGUCUUGCCCUUCACCCUGAUUCAGGCGCGCGUCCCCUCUUGCCACGGCCUGCCCACCAGAGCCGCGCCUGCGUGGAUGGCUCACACACGCGACAUCUGA